AACACGGGACGACACCUUAAAAAGAUAAAUCCAGACAUUAACGUGUGCAAUAAAAGACCCCCCCCCCCCCGCUCAUGUUUGAUGCCUGUGGUGUUCUGUGGCGCUUCUGCCUAACCCAUCACCUCUAAUUAAUUCCCUUCACAAGUAUGACAGCAAGCAAAGGAGGUACUUCGUCAUCGCAAUCAAGCCCUGAAUGUUGCAUGUGUGGCGACUGUGGUCUUCCUCAUGAGCUUUUCCAGUGCAAAGUCUGCCAAUUCAGAUCUCAACACAGAUAUUGUAGCAACCUGUAUCCAAAAGCAGAGUCUUACCAAGUCUGCAAUUGGUGCCUGAGCCAUGAAACCAAAGAAAAAUCACAGAAUUCUUCAAAUUCUUCAUCAUCAAAUAAAAAUAACAGCGAAGAUGACAGCAGGAACAACAAGAAAAAGAACGGUGACAAUCAAGCAGGCCCAUCAAAGAACCAUAGAGGAACUUUGCGGUUGCAAAUCAAUAGCCCCAUCAAGAAACAAAGGUCGCCAGAGAGAUCACCAUCAACCCGAAGGAGACUAAUCACAAAUGGCAAAUUGGAGGAGAAGCUUAGAAGGACAAGAUCCGAGGAGAUAUCCAACAAUGGGUUCACAAAACAAGUGUUUAGAAAUAAGGUGAGAAGGUAUAAGCUCUUAGACGAGGUUUCAAGUUGAUGAUCAUGAUUCAUCAUUAUUAAUUUCUCUCAAAAUAAUAAGCAAGAACAUGGAUUGAUGAUGCUUAUCUGCAAUGCUACAUGUAGACAGUAUAGAGAUCGUUAUGGUUUUGUUAUCUUGUGGGAAUCUUGUUCCCAAAAAGAACAGUUCAUAGAUGUAAAUACUGAUGAUAAGUUCAAUGUAUGGAAUAUUGGAACCCAGAAAA